CAAAACAUUUGUGAGGUAUUUGUUAAGGUUAAGAGUAAAAUGGAAUGACACUGGGCCUCAUUUAUUUCCCAGUCUCAUAGCCUCAUAAUGGUAAUUGUAAGUUGUUGAGAGCUGUCCACAGGGGGCAAAGGUCCAUUACAAUGAAGAGACGUCAGCUUAGCCAUUGUUUCUUUUAGUCCUAAAUGCGACACUGACAGCAAUGUUGAUUCUGACAGUUUUUCAUUCAUUAUAAGCGUCAUUAGCAGAGUCAUUAACACUGGGAGGAAAUAUUGACCACUGAUUGGAGACCCUUAUCCGUUCUUGGAAUCCAGUAAUAAAACUGGAUUUCUUCUUGUAAUUAGUGACUUUCAACAACAUUGUAAGUUUCUAAGAACAUAAGUAUAGAAAAUGUUAAUUACAUUGUGGUUCUUAUCCAGCAAAACAUUGGGCUUAUUCUCCCACUUUCUUUACAAUUUAAGUAAAUACAACAAUGUACUUUAGAUAAGUGUGUUAUCUUGCCCCACACAGAUUUGCAUACAGCAAUCAUUGCUGUUGUACACAUAAUAAAAGAAUGGGCAGCCAGCUGAGGCAUUAGUUUAAGAACCAAAGGUGAGAUACAAAAUGUUUCUAUGUCCCGUCUGACACUCAGACCAUGUAAAUUCAAAACUACAAUGGAUGAAAACAUUGAAUACUAAUUAUUUAGUUAGAGAAUUAGUUAAAUUAUAACCAGUCUUGUUCCUAUGACUCACACUUGAUUGAAAUACACAAAAACUACAAUAAACAAGUUCCAUAUUGGCACAGAAUAUCAUCUCUAAACACAUGUCUAAUCUUGAAGCUGAUGGUCUACAGCAGCAAGAAGACCACACCGGUCGCGACUCUUGUCUAGUGAGAACAGAAAACUAAGUCUAAAAUUCACACAGUGUCAAACAUUUAGCAGUGACCGUAUGGAAAAUUGCUGCCUGGUCAUACAAGUCUCAGUUUCAACUGCACCAUUCAGAUGGUCAGAAGUUGCAGUAAACAGCACAGAAGCAUAUUCUAAUGGCUACUUACAGCAAGAUAAUGCUAAAAAAAACUCAAACUUGUUGAACCUCACAAUGAGUUUAGUGCACUCCAAAAGCCUCCACAUUCACCAUUUCAAUCAGGUGCGCACUUUUGACAUGUAGUGGAAUGUGAAAUUUGUAUUAUGGAUGUAAAUAAGAUAAAUCUGCAGCAACUAUGUGACGCUGUCAUUUCAGUAUGGAGAAAAGUUUUAGACCAAUGUUUCUUUCACCCUGCUGAAUCUAUAUGAAAGACAAUACAAAUGCAGUUUUUUAGCAACAGCGAGCAUACAGUAUAUUUACUUUCACACGUAUGCUGGAAACAAACCACUGAUGGCAGAGUAAACUUGUCAUCAGUGGUAUAGGAAGUAAAACAUGUAACAUCCUAUGUCGUCCAACAUAGAAUAUUACAUACAAAGCUCUCAACAAAUUGUGAUACUGCAACAAAAAUAUAAAGAGAGCAAGUAUUUCUUUGACUGAUUGUACUUGGAAGAUUAUUUAUUAUGCAUGAUGGAUGUGGUAUACUGUCUCCAUGGUCAAUUCAAUAAGCAGGUCUUAAAAUUUCUGUAACUGGUCCAAAAUGGGCUCGAUGAAAUAAAAUAUUACCCACUGUUGCUCUGACUCAUAGUCAGGGUUUUAGGAAUAUAAAAGCUUUUGGUGAUUAUUUAUUUAUUUAUUUAUUUCAUUUUCAGAUCCUUUUGUAAAGCGUUAACCCCAUGCAGAGUAAAGGAUUAUGUUGGCUGAACAGACCCUGCCGCCAUUGUUUGCAGCUCUGGAUUUACAAUGACAUGCUAGCUGUCGAUGGUAGGCUCAGAAUCAAUUGUAAAUAUUAUGUAAAGUUAUGAAAUCACAGUUUGAUGUUAAGCCAGGGGCCCUGUGUGUUAAAACAGCACAGGGAUUGAAGGGAUUCUCUAAAAAGAAAUGCAUAAAAUGCUUGGAACUUUUCUUCACCCCAAUUUUAAAGGGCUGUCCUUUCAGAUGCCAAAUGGGACAAACUCCGAAUGAAGCCUGUUCUGCUGUAGCAGAAUUUACAUGUGAAAUGAAAACGGUAACAUUCAAUUGACAUUGUCAUGCACCAGUGCAGCUGUUAGAAAUGGGUUCAUCUACGUCCAUAUUUAAGACCUAGGUUCUUAUUUAUCAAGAUCUCCAAACAGGCACAAAAUUCAACACCAGAAAAUAUUUGAUGUUACUGUUGCUGAGGUUAACUGAGUGGACUUAACUGUUAAUGUUUUAGAAAAUUGGGGGAGAAAUAAAUAUGUGGAUGAUAUUUUGUAACACAAAAUCAUCUGUUAAAAAAGCUAUUUUGUCAGAGACUUUCUGCAAAGUGUGAUUGGAGAAAGGUUUUCACUUGUCUUUUGCAGUGAUCAUUACUCAUAUUGACAUUGAGUGUUUCCUGAAAGAUUACAGUUUGUGUCUGCAGCUCUGCUCUUCUUGGAGAAAAAUGUGUAGGAAUAAAUAUUGGUUUUCAUUAGCACUCACAGCUUUCCUGCCUGUGAGAACUAAUGGCUGAUGGUAAUUACUCUUAAUGAGAUCACGGGGUUGUCUGCUGGGUGUGUUUCUCCAAAUUGCUCCCAGCGAGGGGUCUGAAGCAGGAUAGGGUUGGGGGGCAAAGGUAGGGGCCCAGAGCUGUUUGCUUAGCGUUUCGGGGCCAGGACCUUUAGUGGCAGCACUUGUCACUCAGUGAGCAGUGAAACAUGUCAUGCAUUUGUCUUCUUUUGUCCUCCUUGUUUGUUUGUCUAACUGAGAUAACCACACAGAGGUGGUGCUUGUCUUGGCAGCAUUGUCAAAAACUCUUGUCAAUGCCCCAUCUCCCCUCAUUUGCUGCUUUGCCACUUGUCAUUUGGCCAGUAUUUUCUGCCUGCAGGGGGUAGCUCAGGCAAUAAGUUAAUCUAUUAAAAACUAAUUGUCUCCUCCUACCCUGUUGCUUGGACAAACAGGGUAGUGAGGGGGAAGUUGAGCUUUGUUGGCCUAUAAAGGUCGUACGGGUAGAGGAGCUGGCAAGUGUCACUGCAUGGAUCUCCUCAGUCGUUUCUGAGAAAAAAACUUGGGCCUUCUUGAAGUUUCUCUUUUCCUAAUUCUGAGGCAGCCUGUAUAACUUAUCUUUUUGCAUCUUUGGGAUGUUGGGGGAAAUGAAUCUGGUUCUCCUGUUUGUGUGUUUCUCCGGUACUGACGCUCGUAUUUGGGCCUGGAUGCUCAACAUGCCUCACGGCCCUCCCAAAGACGGAGCUAAACCUCUCGGAGAGAACUCUCCUGUGGCCAAAGCACUCACAACUGCGUGCGACAGCGACAGAACUUGUGGACGUGGUUUCUCAUGUGAUCGUCACUUUGGUCUUUGCGUGCCUUUACGUGGAGAGGGUCAGUACUGUAGGAGGGAUACUCAGUGUGUCCGUGGACUCCUCUGCAUGUUUGGGAUGUGUCAUCGCAGCAUUCCCAAUGGACAAGAGGGCGCCAGGUGUAAAGCUGACAGAGACUGUGGGCCUUUGAUGUGUUGCGCUCGACAUCAUGGCGAGAUGGUGUGCAAAAAGCGCCUGGCUCGCGAUGAGAGUUGUUAUGUUCCUGAUGGUGGCCUGGCAUUCAGCAUCAACCAGAUCUGCCCGUGCGAGGAAGGUCUGCUGUGUCGGGAAAACAGCAGGCAGAACCGCAGAGAGAGGGACUUUACUUACAAACCAGAACGGACAAGAUGGACCUGCCAAGGGUCCAAACCUUAACAUAAGACCUCAAGAUUAAAUCUAUUUAUUAUGUAAAUAUCAUGUACAGAAUAAAUGUUUGUAUUUCCAUAUGCUGUUUUGAAAGAUUCUGUUAGAUUAAUGUAGUGAAUAUUUACAAAAGCACUACUCUGCUCCACGUAGCUGGACAAGGCUUCUGUCUCAUAAAAUACCUUCUUUGUGUAUUUAGUGAUGUUUCAUUGAAAAAUAAAAGUGUGGUAUGUAUUUGUAAUCAGACCCCUGAUUAAA